GUUAUCUAUGCCUAAUUUCUUUUAGCAUUUCCUAGAAACUUUAAGCUAUUUUGCUGCAUGUUACCCUUUCUGUAACUCUUCCCUUUCUAAUUAUUGUUAAUUAAGUUUUUACUUUCUUGGAUAACAAUAUACUUCAAUGUCUGAGAUGGCAUUUAUUUAAAAUAAUGUACUAUACCAAUAAACCAAGUCAUUUCUGAUCCUAGCGCCAGUCAAGGAAGCAGCACUAGGAUUAGAAGGGUUUGAUUCUAAGCUGUUGAUAAAGGUUCUGUGUGAUAACGUUCUCCUCUUAAUUUAGCCUGGUUAAUUCAGAUAGUGUCUAAACCGCUGGGUCUUUCUCUGCAUGUAAUUACUAAGAUUACGUGUUGUUAUUUCUUAAAUACAUGGCUUUUAUACAAAAAUCCCAUUUGUGUCUAAACUGCAAAACAAAAGACUUUAGAGCCGACUCCGACAGUUUGGCAAGCACCAAUGGAAAAAAGAGAAAAGCUCCGAUUGAAACGAUGACCGAGUAAAACAGAGGAGAAAUUAGGUUGGCAGAAGUUAAUGAGUGGGCACCAGACAGAAAGAGACAAGGCAGGAAAACAGAGGCUGGAAGGAGCGGGAAAGUCUUGCUGUGGAGUGUGCCAACUCCCUUUGGAGAAUAGUCAGGUCUGGUGGGCUGGAGGAUGCUAAUCACACUCAACUGUGACUCCUCUCUCUCAGGCUUUCCCACACUCUGCUCCACUCAACAAUAGACAUGUGCCUUGUUAAAUGCUAAUUCAUCUGCACACACGCUGAUCCCAGAUCUCCCCCGAGGCUACGGAGUUUGUUGUUGGACACUCUCCCUCAAUUAGGGAGAAGUGGGCUGCAGAUAAACACAAAUAUUUUGAUCUAAAACAGAUGUGGAUAUAAACAGCAAAAAUGCAGUAGUAAAGAAUUCCCCUCCCACCGGUGGUCUUUGUCUGCUCUGCCUCCUUUGUCCCCGAGGGCCUCUAUGAUCAGCGUGUGCUCACUCAGAGUCAUCGAUCUGCUCCCCGUCUCUCUACAGGGUCACCACUUUCCCAGAUUCACACGGAGCUCUGAGCUCUGUGAUUGGCUGAGAGUGUGAGAAAGUGCAGUCAGACCCAGACCCACACAUUCAUAUGGAGAUGUGGGACUAUAAAUAGGAGGAUGAAGCCAGCAGAGAUCAGACUCUCUCUACAGAGACCUCUACAGCACACACAUCCAGACAUGGCUCCUACAAUCACUGCAGCAGUGACCAACUCUCAGCAGCAGCAUCAUCAUCAUCAUCAUCUGACUGGGACUCACAAGCUCAGAAAGCCUCUGGUGGAGAAGUUACGCAGAGAGAGAAUCAACAGCAGCAUUGAGCAGCUCAAGUCUCUCCUGGGUCCAGAGUUCCUCAAACAGCAGCCAGACUCCAAGCUGGAGAAAGCAGACAUCCUGGAGAUGACAGUUUUCUUCCUGACACAGCUGCAGCGGCAGAAGAACCGACCUGAGGACUCAACAGUUGUCCAUCAAGGCUACUCCAGGUGUGUCCAGGCGGUGGCUCACUUCCUGUCCAGUGAGGAGCUGAAGACACAGUCACAGAAAAAACUGAUGAUGAAGCAGUUCAACCAGAUGUCAUCCUCCUCUGACAACAACCUGACAGAGGCCGACUUCUCUCCUCUGAGCUCCACAGUCCACAGCUGCGGCACCAAAAACAAGAAUCUGGCCAGCAGUGCCCCCUGGAGGCCGUGGUAGACAGAAAAGGACUUGUUAAAAAAUGUAUUAUUGCAUAUUUAAAUGUAGAGUUCUUUUCUUUUUUAUAAGCUUUUGUGAAAGCUGUGUUUUGUUCUGUGAUAUUUGCAGCCAUCAGUUUGACUACAGUCUGUAGUUGAAGGUGUGAAGUUCACAUUGUUAUUAUUCUCAGUGAGAAUUCUUCUGUAUUUCCAGUCACAUUAACAGUGAUUUAUUUACACACUUGUUCAUGUUGAACAUGUCUUAAGAAUAUUUGUGAUGUUUAAAUACUCAUACUUGUAUAUGACUCGAAUACCGUCUGUAUUUUAACAGACUGCGUUGUUGUUUUUGUCUGCAAAAGUCAAAUGUGUUGCGUUUGUCCCUCUGUGAGUGACAGCACUCUCACCUUCAGUGAAGGGCUUUUAUUUUGAAAAACUGAAUGUAUCUCUUCAAGCCAAGUGAUGCGCAAUAAAACAAUCAGGAAAAAAAACAGAAAAAAAUGCUUUUGUUCAUUUUUAUCACUCAUUCUCCAACUUCACUGCCUACACUGAUGUACAGCUCUCCUCCUCCUCAUUCUCCAUGUGUCUGAGUUGGCAAUACUGUGAGACAAUCAAAAAGUUAAUUUGUUCAUUUAACUAAAUACAUUUCAAGGUAGGAUGGUAUAACAGGAGUAAUUUUAAAAUUUAAAACUGAUUUCAACAAACAUGUUAUAUUUAAUCUGGGUUGUUUUAAAAGAUUAAUUAUUUUAAAAUCAGAGCAGUCUUUUCUAAUCAAACUAGAAUGAAAACCUGUUGAAAUUACGUACAUUUUAUUCCAUAAUUUUAUUUCCACUUCCAUCUGAUUUAUUUAUUUUUCUAAAACUGAAAGAACAUUUAAACUCCCUAAGACGAGGCCAUAAAGCAGGCUGUGACCUGGUGUCAAAGAUGUCCCCCAGAAUUCUAUGCGGAAGGAAUUCUCGUAUGGUAUCGUCACAUGCAGAGG